AUGUUCUCAGCAAGGAGGAAUAUGAAUUUCAACAACGUCAAGGUUCCCAAAGUGCCAGGCGGUGGUGCAGUUUCUGCUUUGCUUAAGGUGGGAAUAAUUGGUGGGCUUGGCUUGUAUGGAGUUGCCAACAGUAUAUACAAUGUCGAGGGAGGGCAUAGAGCCAUUGUGUUCAACCGUAUAAUUGGUGUCAAAGACAAGGUUUACCCAGAGGGGACACAUCUUAUCAUUCCCUGGUUUGAGAGGCCAGUCAUUUAUGAUGUCCGUGCACGACCUCAUCUGGUGGAGAGUACUUCUGGCAGUCGCGAUCUCCAAAUGGUGAAAAUUGGGCUUCGAGUUCUUACUCGUCCUGUACCAGACCAGCUUCCUACAGUUUAUCGUACUCUUGGUGAGAAUUAUAAUGAGAGAGUCCUUCCUUCUAUUGUUCAUGAAACUUUGAAAGCUGUUGUUGCACAGUAUAAUGCCAGCCAGCUCAUUACGCAGAGAGAGACUGUUAGUAGGGAAAUACGAAAGAUUUUGACUGAAAGGGCAGCCAAUUUCAACAUUGCGCUGGAUGAUGUGUCAAUCACCACCCUCACUUUUGGGAAGGAGUUCACUGCUGCAAUUGAGGCCAAACAAGUGGCUGCACAAGAAGCUGAGAGAGCUAAAUUUGUUGUGGACAAGGCUGAACAAGACAAGAAAAGUGCUAUCAUCAGAGCAGAGGGUGAGGCCACAAGUGCGAAGCUGAUUGGUGAAGCUAUUGCGAACAAUCCGGCAUUUAUUACACUUAGGAAAAUUGAAGCUGCAAGAGAGAUUGCACAUACGAUCUCAAAUUCAUCGAACAAAGUUUACUUGAACUCAGAUGAUCUGUUGUUGAACCUUCAGGAGAUGAAUUUGGACAUCAACCGGAAGAAAUAG